AUGGCAAAGUUACGGGAUGAAUGUGUAGAUUUCUUAAUCAAACAUCUCGCUAUGGCCAGCUACGAUGACUUCAACUCUAGCUUCGCUCAAUAUUACCCGUUUUUGGUGAGUCUGUCGGAUCAGAAGCCAACAAAAAUAUUCAAUUUCAGAUGGUCUCCCGUCGAUAUUUUACCAUUGCUUUGCCCAAAAAAUUGUAUACCUACAACUUUUCGCUGGACGGUGUUGGAUAUCUGCAUUUAAAAGUGGAAACAGAAGACGAGUUUUAUGAUGGGCCUGAAUUCGGGAUCGAGUUUGAAAUUACUAGUCAGUUCCUAGCACUUUGAUUUGCGUUUUACAUCCUCAUGUUUAGAUGAAGAGGAAAGUAAAGUUAUUGAGAGUCACCGACCGCUAGUCACACUGCUAAAAUUGGUUGCUUCCUUCCCUGACGCUUCCGAUCAUCCAGAAGACUUUUUGGUUAAGCUCAGAGGACCUGAUAAAUAUAUCCUUCCAAUCAUCAGGAGCUUAGUCGGUAUGUUUGUUGCCAGUCGCCGCUGGAAAUAUCACCAAAAUAAGACUUCUUUAUUUACUUUUUAGCAGCCAAAAUUGCGCUGGAAAUCCUCACAGACGCGUGGAACGAUGUGGCGUUGCAGGAGUUCUAUGACUUAGCAUCAAAAGAUGUCACGUAUCCUCUGCGAAAGUUGAACGGCGAGGCCAUUAAGUUAUGGCAAUUUGGCGUAAAUGCCGCGGAUCCCCGAGUUUUUGAAAAAGUUGAAUGCAUUCUUUGGCCAUUCAAAGACAGUAAUUGUAAGGAAUUCUGCAAUAUAUAAUAUUAUAGAUUACAAGGUCUACGUAUGAUGUCGGUAAAUUUUCAGAUGCCCCGUAUCUUCUCAACAUUAAAACCCAAAGGCUUCAGACGCACUUGAACCUUUUCGUUGAGUCGGAUUGGUGAGUUGUAAAGGGGUGGUGGUACAUAUUAUAAAUUUAAAAACGAAGGUUUAGUCUCCCGUCUAUGCCCUACUUGAAGGAGCUUUGUUGCUAUCACACACCUCGGAUGACUAAUGACGAAUCAAAUUUUGAGGAGUAUUAUAAAGACCUUUCUACGAAGAUCUCAAACGCUGCAAAAAACCUAGAGAAACUUUCUUUGAUCUCCAUAUUUAAAAUCUAUACGGAUGUAAGUGGACGCUAUUGAGAACGUGACCAGGUUGCACAUACAAGACCUUAAAAAAAGUUUUCAGAACUUCGAAAGAGCCAUCCAAGCGACUAUUCAAGUCAUCAUGGCUUUGCAUGUGUCCAUCAGAGGACUUACAUCCCAUAUUCCUCCAGGAAAACAUGAACUUUCAAUACGGAUCUUUGUGCGAGAUUACGACGUAGGUACCGCUAUUCUCUGAAUGGUGCCUAAUUUUGCAGGGUCUAUUUUCGACGUGGUCGCUUUCUGGACAGUCUCUCCGGGGACGGAUCGAUGACUAUUUAGAGAAAAAUAAUAUUACCACAAGCUUCGAUUUGGGAGAUCUAUCAAUGACCGUGUGGCAAGACCAAGACAUGGAACGAUUUCUAAUUAACGGUGUUCCAGAGAGAGGCUACCUUCAUAUUAAUCCAGAAUAA